AGGGUCAGCCCGGGGGGUCAUGGCCCAUGGAGCUAUGGACGGCCAGGGGAAGGGUGCCGGGAAGCGUGGUGCGAGGCAGAGGAAGCCAGCAGAGGGCGUCGAUAUCAACACCAUGCUCGACGACGGGGCGGAGCCACCACCAGAGUGGGGCGACACGACCACCGUGAUGAUGCGGAACUUGCCCAACAAGUAUACCCAGCGCAUGCUGCUCACCGAGGUCAACGAAGUCGGCUUCAUCGGAACAUUUGACUUCCUGUACUUGCCAAUCGACCCCGAGACUAAUGCCAACCGGGGGUAUUGUUUUGUCAACUUCGUCUCACCUUCCGCCUCCUGGAUGUUCAAAAAGGCGUUCGAGGGCCGGGCAAUGUCCUUCUUCAACUCCAAGAAGGUCGUGUCGGUGGCUCCCGCGACCCUGCAGGGCUUCGAGGCAAACUACGCCCACUACUCCUCCGCACGGGUCAACCGCGGCGACCCAGCCACCCGGCCGCUGUUUCUGCGAGAGCCGGACCAGCUGGAGAUGAGCGCGCAGAUGUACCGUGGCGACGCUCGGGGCAGCAGGCUGGGCAGCCGGCCGUCUGCCGGCAGCGGCCCCCGCGGGGCCGCCCGGCAGCACCGCGCCGGCGGCCCUCGGCCUUCCAUGGACGCCCUCGGCCUGUCCGAGGACGCGUACGGCGUCGCCGGUGCCGAGGGCGCGCAGCCCCACUUCGGGAUGGGCGGCGCCAUGUUUCAGGUCCCCUACCCGGGCGGAGGCGCGGCGCCCACGGCCGCCGACGUGGGCGCGGGGGCCGCCCCGCAGCACAGGUUCUGCCCGCAGUGCGGGGGCGCCAUCCAGGCGAUCUUCCAGUUCUGCCCGCAGUGCGGGGCGUCCCUGGACGCCCUGCGCUGAGGUGGAGCGCGGGGAGGAGGACCGAGGAGAAGAGGGCGGCGGCACGAUGCCCCCCCCCUCCCAGUGCUGCCGGG